GAUUUUCACUGCAGCUUGUGGUAGCCCAAAAAACUUGAUACAUAAAAUUAUAAAUAAAGUAAAAUGUCUACUACGUUUACCAUAAAUGGACAACCGUAUACGGUUAACCUUAGUGAUCUCCCACCGGACAUCACUCUGAACACUUUCAUCCGGGAACAUGCCCAACUUACGGCCACGAAGUUCAUGUGCCUGGAAGGAGGAUGCGGAGCCUGUGUUUGUGCAGUGAGCGAUGGGAAGAGCACCUGGACUGUGAACUCAUGCCUCAAGCUGCUGAAUACCUGUGCCCAGCUGGAGAUCACUACCUGCGAGGGCUUGGGCAACCACUUGACUGGCUACCAUCCGAUUCAGAAGCGACUGGCCAAGAUGAAUGGCACCCAGUGUGGCUUCUGCUCGCCGGGAUUCGUGAUGAACAUGUACGGGUUGAUGGAGCAGCAUGGCGGCAGAGUCACCAUGGAGGAGGUGGAGAACUCCUUUGGGGGAAACAUUUGCCGCUGCACCGGUUAUCGUCCCAUUUUGGAUGCCAUGAAGUCCUUUGCGGUGGACAGCAAUAUCGAAGUUCCUCCAGAGUGUAUUGAUAUUGAAGAUCUUAGUCUGAAGGCUAAAAACUGCCCAAGGACGGGAAAAUGUUGUAAAGGAAGCUGUCGGCAAACAAAACUAGUUUACGAAGAUGGAUCCCAGUGGUAUUGGCCAAACACCUUGGCCGAAUUGUUUGAGGCAUUAGAUAAUAUCGAGGAAUCGGAAGAAUUUAUGAUGGUUGGUGGAAAUACAGCUCAUGGUGUUUACAGGCGAUCUCCCGACAUCAAGCACUUUAUCGAUUUAAACGGACUGGAGGAACUGCAUCAAUACAGUUCCGAUAAAGAGAAAUUGACAUUGGGAGCCAAUCUCAGUUUGACCGAGACCAUGGAAAUCCUUCGCAAUACUUGGAAGCAAUCGGGAUUUGAAUAUCUGGAAGUCCUGUGUAAUCACAUCGAUCUGGUUGCCAAUGUUCCCGUUCGGAAUUCGGGUACUUUGGCGGGCAAUAUUUCGACUAAGAAACAACAUCCCGAGUUUCCAUCGGAUAUUUUCAUAUCCUUUGAAGCUCUCGAUGUCAAGGUGAUGACGAUGACAGGCGUCAAUGAAGAAUUGGAAAUGUCUUUGGAGGAAUUUAUGGAAGACACCGAUAGGAAGAUUUUAAUCAAGGCGUUUAUACUGCCUGCAUACCCGAAGGAUAAGUACAUAUACGACUCCUAUAAGAUAAUGCCUCGUGCCCAGAAUGCCCAUGCUUAUGUCAACGCAGGUUUCCUCAUUGAAUUGGAUGCUGAUUCUAAGGUGAUGUCAGCUCGCAUUUGUUUUGGUGGGAUUCGUCCGGAUUUCGUUCAUGCCACAGAUAUUGAACAGUUGAUGGUGGGACACAGUCCCUUCGAAGCAAAUCUAGUGGAGCAAACAUUUACCAAGUUGGAGAGCCUGGUCAAACCAGAUGAGGUGCUACCUGAUGCCAGUCCCGCCUUUCGAUCCAAAUUGGCAUGUGGCUUGCUAUAUAAAUUCCUUUUAAAACACGCUCCCGAUAUGGAAGUCAGUGGGAAAUUCAAGAAUGGAGGCGAGUUGCUGGAGAGACCACUUUCCUCCGGAUUGCAGCUCUUUCAGACCCAGAAACAAACCUAUCCAGUCUCCCAAGCAGUGAACAAAUUGGAGGGCAUGAUCCAAUGCUCGGGGGAAGCCACCUACAUGAACGAUGUUCUAACCAAUUCCAACUCCGUUUACUGCGCGUUUGUUGGUGCCACAAAAGUGGGGGCCACCAUCGAUCAAAUCGAUGCCUCCGAAGCACUCCAGCAUCCCGGAGUGGUGGCCUUUUACACCGCGAAGGAUAUUCCCGGAACAAAUACAUUCGUUGAGCCCAGUUUUGGUUAUGAGGCCGAGGAGAUCUUCUGCUCCGGAUUGGUUCGCUACUCCGAACAGCCAGUUGGAGUAGUUGUGGCUCAGACUGCUGACCAGGCUCAAAGGGCCACGAAGCUGGUGAAGAUCAGCUACAGCAAUGCCAGAUCCGACUUUAAACUAAUGGCGAGUUUGAAGGAUGUUUUUUCCACCGGAAGCCCAGAUCCUUCUCGGCUUGUUCCCCUGGCUGUUUCAAAGCUAAAAGAAGUCAAAUUUUCUGACAAACCCGAUUUGGAGGUGAGGGGCAUUUUCGAAAUGGGAUUGCAGUACCACUUCACCAUGGAGCCACAGACCACGAUUAUUAUUCCCUUCGAGGAUGGAUUGAAGGUCUUUUCGGCCACUCAAUGGAUUGAUCAAACCCAAUCGGUGAUUGCUCAUACUUUGCAGAUGAAGGCAAAGGAUGUGCAACUGCAGGUUCGCAGGUUGGGAGGUGGUUAUGGCUGUAAAAUUUCCCGAGGAAACCAGGUGGCCUGUGCUGCUGCUCUAGCUGCUCAUAAGCUGAAUCGUCCUGUGAGAUUUGUCCAAACUCUGGAGUCCAUGAUGGACUGCAAUGGCAAGCGAUGGGCUUGCCGCUCUGAAUAUCAGUGUCACGUCAAGACCAACGGAAGAAUUGUCGGGCUGUCCAACGAUUUCUUCGAGGAUGCUGGCUGGAACACCAAUGAGAGUCCUGUGCAAGGACACUCCACUUUCACGGCAGCCAAUUGCUACGAGUUCACCGACACUAACUUCAAGCACAGUGGAAGUGCGGUGCUCACAGAUGCACCCAGUUCCACUUGGUGUCGUGCUCCGGGAUCCGUUGAGGGUAUCGCCAUGAUGGAGAACAUCAUUGAGCACGUGGCCUUUGAGAUCCAGAAGGAUCCUGCCGAUGUGCGAUUGGCCAACAUUAGCAAAAAAAGCAAGAUGGCCACUGUCCUUCCGGAAUUUCUCAAGACGAGGGAGUAUUAUGCUCGCAAAAAGGAAAUCGAGGACUUUAAUGCCAACAAUCGAUGGAAGAAACGAGGAUUGGGACUAUCCGCGAUGUAUUUUCCUGUCAUCUACAUUGGACAAUUUCCAGCCACAGUUACCAUUUACCAUGUGGAUGGCACAGUUGUGGUUACCCAUGGUGGAAUAGAAAUGGGACAGGGGAUGAAUACCAAGAUAGCUCAAGUGGCGGCCUACACUUUGGGAAUUGAUCUAAGCUAUGUAAAAGUGGAAUCCUCGGACACCAUUAAUGGAGCAAACUCGAUGGUUACUGGAUAUGCAAUUGGAAGUGAGAGUAUCUGCUUUGCAGUCCGUAAAAUCUGCGAGACCCUCAACGGUCGUUUGAAACCAUUUAAAAAAGCCAAAAGCACUUGGGUAGAAACUGUGGAGGCAGCAAAUGCUCAGUUGGUCAAUCUUAUAGCCUCGGAUCAGUAUAAAACCGGCGAUAUGCAGAACUAUCAUGUGAUAGGAUUGGCUCUAACCGAAGUGGAGAUGGAUGUGCUUACCGGAAACAUUCUGAUCCAUCGGGUGGACAUCCUCGAAGAUGCAGGAGAGAGCCUGAGUCCUUGGAUCGAUGUCGGCCAGGUGGAGGGCGCCUUUGUGAUGGGUCUGGGCUACUGGCUCAGCGAACUGCUUAUCUACGAGGGUGACAAUGGUCGCCUGCUGACCAAUCGCACCUGGAACUACAAGCCACUGGGAGCCAAGGACAUUCCCAUUGACUUCCGCGUGGAGUUGGUGCACAACCAGCGACCCAGUGGAGCAGGAUUCAUGGGUUCGAAGGCCACGGGGGAGCCGCCUUGCUGUUUGGCAGUCAGCGUGAUAUUCGCCUUGCAGCAGGCUCUCCAAUCAGCCCGUCAGGAUGCAGGACUUCCUAGGGAAUGGCUUCGCCUGGGAGCUCCAACAACUCCAGAAACCCUGUUGCUCAAUGCGGGACACCAAGUCGCAGAGUUCAAGCUGAAAUGAUUAUUUUCAAAGCUUCUGUACUAGCAAAAAAAAAAACAACUAUAAAAUAUACCGAUUCUCUAUGUUAA